AUGGCGCCCAAAGGCAAAGGCGGAGACAAGUCCAAGUCCAAAGACAAGGACGCAUCCGCAGGAGCUGACAAGGGCAAAGUGAAAGGCGCUCAAACGAUCAACGUCCGUCACAUCUUGUGCGAGAAGCACGCUAAGAAGGAAGAAGCGCUGGCAAAGUUGAACGAUGGAGGGAAGUUUGAUGAUGUUGCGAGGGAGUUUUCGGAGGACAAGGCGAGGGCGGGCGGCGCUCUCGGAUGGAAGACAAGAGGUAAUCUUCUCCCGGAAUUUGAGAACGUAGCCUUUGAGCUCGCGGCUUCGACGACGGCCAAACCGGUCUGGGGAGAGGCGAAGACGAGUGAAGGCUACCAUAUCAUUAUGGUCGAGGGGAGAAAGUGA